UCAGUGAAGCUGGGAGGGGUCAGGGCAGGGGUUAUUGAUAUUGUUUAACUGAGGAGACCUCUGGAAGGCAUAAAUAGCUGAAGGAAGCGCUCAGGUCUCGCAGUCCCUCCUCAAGACAGCCCAGGCACAGGUUUCACUCCUCAACUUCAACGAUAACCACAUCUGUAUCUGCAAACUCACUCAGUAACAAGCAUGGAAAGAGACAUGAACGUGAGCAGCACUAGCAGUGUGGUGCACUGGCUAGCCAGCCUGACCCUAACCCUGCUUGGGAGUGUCCACCCCAUGCCUGUGACCAUAGACCCGGUGUGCACGGCAGACACCACUGCCAAGUACAGCCUGACAUUUACAGGGAUGUGGAGCCAAACCUCCUUCCCUAAGCAGUACCCAAUCUACCGCCCCCCUGCCCAGUGGUCCCCUCUCAUUGGGGUGACCCACAGUUCAGACUAUCAUAUCUGGCAGCGGAAUGAGUUUGCAAGCAACGGGGUGAGGGAGUUCUCUGAGAAGGGCGAGGCCUGGACUCUGAUGAAGGAGGUAGAGGCGGCUGGGGAACGCAUCCAGAGUGUCUACGGGCUGUUCUCUGCUCCAGCCUUGGUUGGGGGAACGGGUCAGAUGACCUCAGAGUUCGAGGUCUUUGCAAGGCACUCUUUCCUAUCCUUCAUAGUGCGGAUAGUUCCCAGCCCAGACUGGUUCCUGGGAGUGGACAGCUUUGACCUGUGUGAGGGAGACCAGUGGAAGGAGAGCGUCACACUGGAGCUGUUCCCCUAUGACGCAGGCACUGACAGUGGCUUCACCUUCUCCUCUCCCAACUUUGAGACCAUUCCUCAGGACAAAGUCACACAGAUAACGUCAUCAUCUCCAAGCCAUCCUGCCAACUCUUUCUAUUAUCCCCGUCUGAAGAAUCUGCCACCCAUGGGCAAGGUCACCCUCACAAAGACCAAGAACAACCAGAUCUUCAGCAUACCCAUGGAGCCCACCCAGUUCAACCAGACUGGCAAUGAGAUUGGCAAUGAGAUUGAGGACUCUCUCAUAAAUUCCACCCCUCUAGACUGUGAGGUGUCUGCAUGGUCACCCUGGGGCCUGUGCAAAGGCAAAUGCGGAGACUCGGGCGUGCGCCACAGAACUCGCUACAUCCACCUACAACCAGCAAACAAUGGGGUAGUCUGCCCCUCACUGGAAGAGGAGAACAAAUGUAUCCCUGAUAACUGCUUAUGACUGGCCGGCAAGAGUACGAAACAGAAAAGAAGAGGUCAUGCAAGACGACAAAGAGUACGAAAGAUGCGUCUGUCAUCUCCACUGGAGAAGCCCAAGCUGUAGAAAUUGACCCUUUUCUCGCUGGGCUUCCUAGCCUAUUCACUGGGAACAGUGGAGGCUGGUGAGGAGAGGACGGUUCAAAGUAAUGGCUGGAAUGGAAUAGAUGGAACAGUAUCUAACCAUUAGAAACAAGUGUAAUACCAUUCCAUUCCAGCCAUUACUAUGAGCCCGUCCUUCAAUUUAAAGAGGCACCAGCCACCACUGACUGAGAAAGAUUUAUAAAUGGGUCACAGACAUGCAAUUAUUGUGAGGCCUGAGGAGUGAAGAGGUUGUCUAGAAACUCUGCCCUUAGUUCUUGUGAUUUCUGUUUCCCUACGUCAUUGGGUUUUCUGAGGUAAGCUAGCCAUGAGUCUGAAAAAUAAUUCUUAAAUUCAAAUCUGGACCUGGAAGCCAGUUCCACUGUUUUGUUCUUCUUCUUCAUUGUUCCCCUCUAAUCCAGGACUGAUUUAGACCUGGGACACCGGGUGCGGCCAACUAAUUAUCAGGUAGAACAGAAAAACAGCAAUACUUCAGACCUUGCAGGGUAAGAUUUGACUACCCCUGUUUACAGACAAUCAGCAGUGUUGGAAAAAGUACCCAAUCAUCAUACUUGAGUAAAAGUAUAGAAAGUUAUUUAAGUAAAAGUGAAAGUCACCUAGUAAAAUUUUACUUGAGUAAAAGUCGGCACCAUGUUCUUGUUUUUAGCCAUGGGAAAACUCCAACACUCAGACAUUAUUUACAAAAUAUGCAUGUGUUUAGUGAGUCUGCCAGAACAUAGGCAGUAGGGAUGACCACGUGUUCUCAUGAUAAGUGUGUAAAUUUCACAAUUUUCCUGUUCUGCUAAGCAUUCAAAAUGUAAGGAGUACUUUGGGUUGUCAGGGAAAAUGUAUGGAAUAAAAAGUACAAUAUUUUCUUUAGGAAGUGAAGUGAAAGCUGUCAACAAAAAAAAAUUGUUAAGUAAAGUACAAACACCCCAAAAAAACUACAGCAAUUUCAACAACAAUUUCUCCAGUACUUUAAAGUAAUUUUACUUAAGUACUUUACACCACUGACGAUAUGGCAGUCAACCCCCAAACCUCAUCGAAGGCUCCAUUACUUACAAUAGACCAGAUGUGUUUACAGAUAAAGCACUCUUUUCCAUGAUGAUCUCUACUACAGAGAAUAUAUUUAUUUACAGGGUUUGGACCUGUACUGUACAGUAUCAAGCAGUAGAAAUCUCACACUCGAUCGUGCUAUUGAGAUAUUGUCAAAAUCAGAGAGAAAUGGCAAAAUGCGUACUUUUCUGAGAAAAUGUACCUCCUAAAAAACAGUACAUCGAAUUUUGUUGAUGUUUGUCUGUCUGUAUGUAUGUUCUUUGUAAGUCCAAUAAACUGUAAAUACAUGUAA